AAGUAUACAGUCAGUAGACCAGAGGAUCAACUUAUCAUGCUUCGUCGAGUGUCUUCGCUGGUUGGUCGAGCUGCGGUGCGCCCGCGUAGUGUCCACACCGAGGCCAAGCUGAAGGAGCUAGGAAUCGAGCUACCCACCCCGAAAGCACCGCUGGGCAACUUCGUGAUGACCGUGCGUACCGGAAACCUUCUCUAUACCUCGGGCCACCUUCCGACAAGCCUUGAGGGGGAGACAACUACGGGCAAGGUUGGGCAAGAAUUGAACGAGGAGGAAGCGCAAGAGGCGGCACGCAAGGUCGCUAUCCAGCUCAUUGCAUCCAUCAAGAAGGACUUGGGCGAUCUGGACCGGGUGACGCGCAUAGUGAAGCUGGUCGGGUUCGUGAACUGUACGGACGGGUUUGCAGGGCAACCCAAGGUGGUUAACGGUGCCAGUGAUCUCUUCGCGGAGGUGUUUGGAGAGAGGGGGGUGCACUCCAGGUCUGCCGUGGGCACGAACGCCCUUCCGAUGAACGUCCCCGUGGAGAUUGAAGCUAUCGUGGAGUUUGACGACAGCCGCAAGAAGGGCGAUGACGACUGGACGGUCCUCAAGCGCCCGUAGUGGUUUUUGUCGGUAACAUCCGUACCCAGAUUGCUACCUCUCUCGCUCCGCUGGUUUCGAGCACCACUUCCUGUCGGGCAGCCCCCCCCGAGUAUAUGUUGGGAGAGAAGCAAAACGUGGUCGUACGCAUGUUACUCUGGUAUGGUAAGAUGAUGUUCUUAGUGGUAGGCGGCACAGACAUGUGCGUAGGCUUGAUUUUCAUCGAUUUUGUUUUUGGUUUGCUGCGGACGUGCUUAAGAGAGAAGUGAUUCGUUGGUUUUCA